CUUGAUAUCUAUUUAUGUUUUAAGCAAAUUUCAUUCUUUACUUUUUGCUCCUUUUUUUUCGGUUUAACAGAGUUACCUGGCUCAGAAGACUUUAAAUUUACAAUUGCAAAGGGCUGGGAUACUUACUUCUACAGAAUGUAUUUCCGUGUUUAGCAAAGAUUAUGGAAAGUUCUCAGAACCUGUAUGUAGCUUUUCAUUCUGGUGCUUUAAUGUGGGCGGAGCAUGGUGAUGAGAUCAGCCUUGAAUAUACAGGGACCUAUGCACUGAAGGGGGACCUUGUCAGAUAUGGAAAACAGAUCUUAGCUGGAAUAAUCAAAGAUGGGAUGAGUGCUUUGUCGACAUAUUAUUUGAACAACUUCCAAGAUGAAAUCCGAAAAUUGCUCAAAUUGUUUCAUGUUUCUCAGGAUGCAUUGGAUCUUGUAAGUGGUCGCUAUAUGGUCAGUAGAAGUAAUCCCUCACCAUUCCAAGUUAAACGAUUCGAAUCCUCCUCAUAUCUUCCAGUUGCAUCAGCUUUGCUUAUUGGAGGUUUGACACUGACAUCCUUCACAAUUCAACAAGCUGGCCGAAAUGCACAGCAAUACAUGUCUUCCAUGAUCUGGGCUGGAGUGACUGCAGGAAUGGCGGCACUCGUCAAAGCCAACGGAAGACAAUUUUCUCCAGACCUCGCUUGUGUGGCCUGUUGUAAAACUCUCUAACCUUCUGGAAACUACGGUUCUGAAAACUGUACAAAAAUGUUGUAUUUUGUUGGUUUCGAUUGAAACGUAUUUCACAGAGUAGUUAAUUGGUUUUGCUAGCAUCAGGGGAUUGGGUGGUCCUCUUAGACCCAGGGUCGUCCUAAUUUGUAGAAGCUAAUCCAUUAUUUAGUUAAUAAUAAUCCAUUAAAACU